AUGCGUGGAAUUGCAGUAGCGCGUCCUAUCUUGAUUGGAUCGACAGCGACUCCGCUGAGUCCGAGUGAGCGUCUGACUGCGCCGCCGGACCAUACGCAUCGGUGGACUGUCGCGGUGCGCAGCGCAGCGUCGAAUCCACUACCGUCCGUUCCUGCGGAAGAGACGGAUGGGCCGCGUGAUGAGAGUGCCAUCGGGACACGCCAACGGGAAAGCGAGCUGGAUUUGCACAAGGCCGUUGGCGGCAAGGAUGAUUUGUCGUAUUUCAUCAAACGCGUCCAAUUCCGUCUCCACGAGACGUACGCACAGCCAACCAGGAGUAUGUAUCUAUGCACACCGCUCACACUAGACAUUGAUACGGCACCUUUCAGUGUCACCGAGACGGGGUGGGGCGAAUUUGAGAUCCAAAUCAAGCUUUUCUUUGUGCCGGAGGCGUCCGAGAAGCCACUUACGGUGCUGCACCACCUGAAAUUGCACGCAUGGCCAACGACGCCCAUCAGCAGCACUGUUGUUCCGGGGCCCGCUGCUAUCUCGGGGCCCAGUCUAAGUGGCACACCGGCCGCAUCACUGCCGCGUGUCGUGCACUCGUGGCAGUACGAGGAGAUCGUAUUCCCGGAGCCGCUCGAGUCGUUCUAUGACAUUCUAGUUUCGCAUCCACCCACGCCCUGGCCUGUCGCGUCUGCACAGGCGUUUGCAGACCCGAAAAGCUACGAAGCGUACCGCGCAGAUAGGGAAAAAAACCCGCUGCAUCCAUUGCACACGCCUACGGGGCAUUUGGCCGAGGCGCUCUCCCUCGAGGCGCAGCGCAACGAGGCGGAUCGCAUCGAUCAGGCGCGUGUGAACCUAGUCCGGCAGCUGGACUCGGAUCGCGUGCGGCUCAUCGAGAUGGAACGCAGCGUCGCAGAAGCGCGUGCAAAGAUCGCAGCGCUGGAACCGGCGGCACUUCAAGUGCCGCCCGCAUCGUCGCCUAGAUAG